AACAUAGUAAGCCCUAUUCCAAAUAAAGGUCACUGGCCUCCUGAGAUUGUGACACUGACCAAAGGUAGAGUAAAAGCAAAGAGCCAAAGGCAGCAGAAAACAGAGGAGCAAAAACAGAGAACAGACAACAUGAGACUCUGCUAUCUUCUAAUUAUCAGUAUCGUAACCCUCCCACAUGCAUACGGCAUACAACUGAGCGGACUGUAUGGAAGGAUGGCUUCUCCUGGGUUUCCGAAGCCGUACCCUAAUGAACAGACUCUGACCUGGAACAUCCAAGUCCCUGAGGGACAUCGGGUCAAAAUCUACUUUACCCACUUUGACCUGGAGCUGUCUUAUCUGUGUGAAUAUGACUAUAUCAAGCUCACUUCCCAGGGGAAGGAUGUGGCCCAUUUAUGUGGUAAGGAGUCUACAGACACGGAAAAAGCCCCCGGAGACACGACUUUCUACUCCCUUGACAAUAAGAUGACUGUCACAUUUCGGAGUGACUACUCCAACGAGAAGCAAUUCACCGGCUUUGAGUGUUUCUAUGUGGCUGAAGAUAUAAAUGAGUGUGUGAAGAAGAACGAGGAUGAGGAGGACACAUGUGACCACCACUGUCACAAUCACCUUGGUGGUUAUUAUUGCAGCUGCCGACCUGGCUUCAAUCUGCACACAGACAAGAAAACCUGCAUAGUUCAGUGCAAGGAUGAGACGUACACCACAAGCUCAGGGGACAUUACAAGCCCAGACUUUCCGGGUAUCUACCCCAAACUCACCAACUGCAAGUACACCAUCCAGGCAGAAGAGGGCUUCUCCAUUCUUCUGAGGUUCGUGCACUUUGACAUCGAGUCACAUCCAGAUACCGUGUGCCCCUAUGAUCGGCUCCAGGUUGCAGCCAAAGGGAAAGAAAUUGCUGUCCUGUGUGGAGAGACACUACCACCAGAGAUCGACACAAGGAGUAAUAAAGUGGAUAUUGUGUUCACAACAGAUGGAUCAGGACAUCACACGGGCUGGAACCUUCAGUACACAGUAAAGGCUCUUCCAUGUCCCGAUCCUGUGCUGCCAUCCAGAGGACAUUUUACGCCUGUGAAGAAAACAUACGUUGUGAAGGAUCGCUUGGAGCUUAAAUGCGAAAAAGGAUACGAGCUCAUAGAGAAUGGAAUGAUCAUAUCCUCCUUCACUGCAGUGUGUGGUGUUACUGGACAAUGGAAUAAGAAAAUACCAAUAUGUGAAAUUGUUGACUGUGGACCCCCAGCGGCUCUAGAAAAUGGGAAUUACUUCUUUGUGACCAGCAACGGUGUGACUACAUACAAUGCCAAAAUCCAGUACAACUGCGCAACUUUCUAUAUAAUGAAAGAUGACAUAGUGGAGUAUCAAUGUGGAUCUGAAGGAAAGUGGGUAAAAAAAGAUACAACGACGACAUCACUGCCAAUAUGUGAGCCUGAUUGUGGAAAAAGGACCAAACAAGCCAUACAACGUAUAAUCGGUGGUACACAUGCCUAUCUUGGACAGUUCCCAUGGCAAGUAUUGAUAAAAGGCAACAUUGGGGAUGGAGCCGGAGCCCUGCUCUAUGAUAAGUGGAUUAUAACCGCUGCCCAUGUUGUAGUAGGCACCGACCUACCCGAACUUAAAAUGAAAAUGGGGUUCGUCAGUAGGAAUGACACAAACUUCUAUAAGGCUGAACCAGAAGCCAUCUAUAUUCACCCCAGUUACAGAAACGAUGAGACAUACAACCACGACAUUGCUCUGAUUAAACUCAAAGGCAAAGUGCCGAUUAAUGACGCCAUCAUCGGUAUAUGUCUUCCGACCACAGAGGACCGAAACCGGAUCAGUGAUGCCGAUAAUGAUCUUCAUGUUGGGGAAGUGUCUGGCUGGGGUGACACAGGAAGGAAUCCACAUUCAAGACAUCUGCGCUUUGUCCAUGUGAACAUAAUCAACCAUGGCAAAUGUAUGAACGCCUAUAGUGGAAAGCCAAUCAAAGCCAAGGUCACCGAAAACAUGAUCUGUGCCGGUCAUGAAGAUGGCGGAAAGGAUUCUUGCCAGGGUGACAGUGGAGGUGCAUUGGUUUUCUUAGAUAGUGAAAGAGAACGUUAUUUCAUUGGUGGGAUUGUGUCCUGGGGGGAGAACUGUGGGGCUAAAGGUGUAUAUGGAGUGUAUACAAAAGUAAGUAACUACCUUGACUGGAUACGCAAUACUGUCCAGAACAAAUAAAGAUCCGUCUUAAUAAAGUACUUAAACAUGU